AUGCUACCCACAAAGAAACUGGAAUCAUCUAACCUAUCUUUACCUGUUUCUAGAGUGAGCUCAUCUCAAAGAUUGUCUCAAUUAAACUCUUCGACAGCUUACAAUUCGAUACCAGGAACACCGCUGAAGUAUCUUUCAUCUUCUCUCAAUCCCACGAGAAAUAGUUCAAAUACUCCCCAUGCAACCCUGCAUUAUGCCUCACAAUACCCCGUAACAGGUGAAACGAUACCAGUGAUAGAAAAUGUCAAGAAAUUUGAAGAAACGUUCGUUACUCUUACAAACAACAUAUCAACAUUCAAAGACCAAGAAUUGGUCGAAAAUAUAAAUGUAUUAAUUAACUUGAAUAAUGAGAUAAAUUCUUCUAUAUGUGACUUGGGAAAACAUCAAAAGCUUGGUAAAGAGUUAGGGACUUUAAAAAAGGAUGAAAAUGAUUUGAAUCAAAAGGCUAAGAUCCUUUUAAAGGAGUUACUUUCCUAUCAUACUGAACUCAAGAAACUCCCGAGGAUACCGAAUUUUCAUGAAGGUUCACAAGAUAAGGAUAUAGAAGUUAGAGAGAUAUUGAAAUAUGCACUGAAGUUGUCGAAAUUCACAAAGGCACCACCGACUGUUGCUAAUGCACCUUAUCAGAUACAUCCCAACAACUACAUUUGGCCCGCGGAAGAUGCAUUGAGAAGAGGGAACCUCGCAAUUAGUUCAAUUCGCUCGAACGAAAUCAUAAGUGAGGCGCUUGGUGGUGAAAUUGCAAAUAGUGAAAAAGAGCCUGAGCAUCUCGACAACCAUAGUGCGAAGUCAGGUCAUUCGUCCGAUAACGAAGGCUCUGACGUCGUGAGAAAAUCAUUGCAUACAAACAGUACAGCUUCGGACGCUUUGGACAUUGAUCUUUUCGAUCCUGAUGAAGAACAAUCAGACUAG